CUCUCGUGCGCCUUUGCGCAAAGGAUAUGGACUUGAUCGCGUCUCUCUCUCUCCAUUCCCAUACGCAUCUGCUGCACCCGGCAGCUCACAUGGUGUCCCAAUGAACCAUCGUCCUCAAGGAUCGUCCAACAUACAAUGGAUUAACAGGAAAGACAUGAAUGCCCGCACAGAGGACGGCAUCAGCCUGUGCCAAAGGGCUCUCCAAAUAGUGACCGAGCUGUGCCUCUCCGGGCACGUCGACCGGGAAAAAUGCGCGGGUAUAUUUCCGCUGGAGAGCAACAUACCAGGUAAAGGAAGUUCAGACAUCUCUGUAAGUCUCCUAGCUGUGGUCGUAGGUUUCUGUGGCCUCGCCCUUUUGGUAGUCUCUCUCUUUGUCUUUUGGAAGCUGUGCUGGCCCAUUUGGAGAAGCAAGGCGUUCUCAUCCAAUGCUGACGGCUGCCCUCGUGGGGUGCUACCUGAAGCCCCCCCGGCCCCACCUCCGGUGUCUUGUUCUCCCAUUCCUGACACCAAGGUGUCCGCAUUUGCCAAACCAGCGAGACAGCAGUCGCAAAUCCAGCAGGAGGAUGAGGAGAAAAGAAAGGUGCCAGAGGUGAAGGUCAAUGGGCGCAGCUCGGUAAAACUCUUGGAGGCAGCAAUGAAGAUCAGCCAGACGUCGCCAGACAUCCCGGCGGAGGUGCAGCAGGCUCUGCGUGACCGCCUGAGCAAGCAGGCCAAAAUCCAGCGGCAGACGACUGAACCUACCUCUUCCUCCAGGCACAAUUCGUUCCGCCGUCACCUACCGCGGCAGCUGAACGUGUCCAGCGUGGACUUCCCCAUGGACACUAUACCCGUGCGCCAGUCUUCUGCGGUCAGCAUUGGUCGUAUCAAACCUGAGCUUUAUAAGCAGAAGUCUGUGGACUCGGAAGAAGGUGCCAAGGAACCGGUGGAAACGUGCGGAAAGCUGAGCUUUGCCCUCAGCUACGACUAUGAGGAACAAGCCCUUGUGGUUCGCAUUUUAAAGGCCCUUGACCUGCCCGCUAAGGACUUCACAGGCACCUCUGACCCCUACGUCAAGAUCUACCUGCUUCCCGAGCGCAAGAAGAAGUUUCAGACGAGGGUGCACCGCAAGACGCUCAAUCCCACGUUUGACGAGGCGUUUCGCUUUCCUGUGGAGUACAGCGAGCUGUGCAAUCGCAAGUUGCACUUCAGCGUGUACGACUUUGACCGCUUUACGAGUCACGACAUGAUCGGUGAGGUGGUGGUUGAUAACCUGUUUGAGCUGUCUGAUCUGUCACGGGAAGCUGUGGUUUGGAAGGACAUCCUUGCCGCUACAACAGAGAGCGUGGAUUUGGGUGAAAUUAUGUAUUCCCUUUGCUAUCUUCCCACGGCUGGACGCAUGACCCUCACCGUUAUCAAGUGUCGCAAUCUGAAAGCCAUGGACAUAACUGGAUACUCGGAUCCAUACGUCAAAGUCUCCCUCAUAUGUGAUGGACGGAGACUCAAAAAGCGAAAAACAACCAUCAAAAAGAACACGCUUAACCCUGUCUAUAACGAAGCCAUCAUUUUCGACAUUCCACCUGAGAACGUGGAGCAGGUCAGCCUGUCAAUCACAGUGAUGGAUUAUGACAGAGUUGGACACAAUGAAGUUAUAGGGGUGUGUAGGGCGGGGCCGGAUGCUGAAGGGCUUGGAAGGGACCAUUGGAAUGAGAUGUUAGCUUAUCCGCGAAAGCCAAUCACUCACUGGCAUGCCUUGUGCGAGUGGCCAGGGCGAGCGUCCAGUUUUGAGAGUCAAGGAUCAUGUCCAUCUCCAAAACCCCCUCAGACCCCAUAACAACCUGGAGAUCACACAGUCCUAAUUGCAAAACACGUUUGGUUUGUGUAAUUAAAAGGGUAUAUUUUUCUUUAGUUGUAGCUGUGUACCUUUUUAUUUGUAAGAGAAUUAUACAGUACUGGUAUCCCUACAACAAAGCAUCCGAAUCUCGGUAUCGCUUUCUUUUAACUGGUGCUGAUUGUUGCUCCUAAAAUUAUAGUUUGUGGUCAGUUUGAAGCUGACAUUGAAACUACCUUCUGUAUGACAACAUAAUGAUGGCGUGUAAUGUUACAGACACAUGAAAUGACAGUACUUAUCAUUUCACAUUCUUGAACGGGUCAUUUAUGAAUGUUCUAAAAUUUUCUAAAUAUUUGACAAAACUAAUGCAAGGUUAGAGAAGUGGAAAGAAAGGCUUUUAAACAUAAAAUUACAACUUGUCCUGCAUAGAAGUUUCAAAGGAAAAAGACCUUGAUAAAGUUAAAUCAGGUGAUUGUAUAACCAGAUGGUGAUUGUUGAUGAUGUACUGUAAAUAGUGUUAUUCUGUUCAAGCUACUAGUAUUUAUUUCUGUACAUGAAAAAGAAUUACAAUAGUUACACAAGCAUAUUGCUUUACCUCAACAAACACACAUCACUCAAUGACAACUGCAUUAGAGCGAGUUCCCAUCAACGGUUUGGAAACUGAAUAACAUCAAAAAUCACUAUUAUUCAUUAAUAUUCUUCACUUUUAGAAAAAAAUGUCAACAUUUGUCCCCCGGCUAGCACUGGUGCAGCAUCCUCUGAAAAGGACCUUAUAUUUUGUACCAAUAUGUACCUUAGAAAUACUAAUAUGCACUCAUUGGUACCAAUAUGUACCUCUGAGGUACUAAUAAGAAUAAAGGAUACCUCCAAGUUACAGCUAGGGACCAUUUUUUGCCAGUGUAAUAUAAAUUUAAGGGGGAUUGCAAAGCUAUUAUACAGUGAGGAAAAUAAGUAUUUGUAUACCCUGCUAUUUUGCAAGUUCUCCCACUUAAAAAUCAUGAAGGGGUCUGAAAUCAUCAUUGUAGGUGCAUGUCCACUGCGAGAGAAAAAAAAUCAAUUUUUACUAUUUAUUUAUGAUACAGCUGCAAAUAAAUAUUUGAACAUAUCUAUCAGCUAGAAUUCUGACCUUAAAGACCUGUUAGUCUGCCUUUGAAAUGUCCACCUCCACUUUAUUUAUAAUCCUAAAUUAGAUGCACCUGUUAGCUGCAUAAAGACACCUGUCUACCCCAUACAAUCAGUAAGAAUCCAACUACUAACAUAGCCAAGACCAAAGAGCUGUCCAAAGACACUAGAGACAAAAUUGUACACCUCCACAAGGCUGGAAAGGGCUACAGGGACAUUGCCAAGCAGCUUGGUGAAAAAAGGUCCACUGUUGGAGCAAUCAUUAAAAAAUGAAAGAAGCUAAACAUGACUGUCAAUCUCCCUCGGACUGGGGCUCCAUGGAAGAUCUCACCUCGUGGGUUCUCAAUGAUCCUAAGAAAGGUGAGAAAUCAGCCCAGAAUUACACAGGAGAAGCUGGUCAAUGACCUGAAAAGAGCUGGGACCACCGUCUCCAAGUUUACUUAAGACGUCAUGGUUUGAAAUCAUGCAUGUCACGGAAGGUUCCCCUGCUUAAACCAGCACAUGUCCAGGCCCAUCUUAAGUUUGCCAAUGGCCAUUUGGAUGAUCCAGAGGAGUCAUGGGAGAAAGUCAUGUGGUCAGAUGAGACCAAAAUAGAACGUUUUGGUCAUAAUUCCACUAAACAUGUUUGGAGGAAGAAGAAUGAUUUGUACCAUCCCAAGAACACCAUCCCCACUGUUAAGCAUUGGGGGUGUUUUUCUGCACAUGCGACAGGGCGACUGCACUUUAUUAAGGAGAGGAUGACCGGAGCCAUGUAUUGCAAAAUUCUGGGGAACAACCUCCUUCCCUCAGUUAGAGCAUUGAAGAUAGGUCGAGGCUGGGUCUUCCAACAUGACAAUAACCCGAAGCACACAGCCAGGAUAACCAACGAGUGGCUUUGUAAGAGGAAUAUCAAGGUCUCCAGACCUAAACCCAAUAGAGAAUCUUUGGAGGGAGCUCAAACUCUGUGUUUCUCAGUGACAGGCCAGAAACCUGACCGAUCUAGAGAAGAUCUGUGUGGGGAGUGGGCCAAAAUCCCUCCUGCAGUGAGUGCAAACCUGGUGAAAAACUACAGGAAAUGUUUGACCUAAUUGCAAACAAAGGCUACUGUACCAAAUAUUAACAUUGAUUUUCUCAGGUGUUCAAAUACUUAUUUGCAGCUGUAUCAUACAAAUAAAUAGUAAAAAUCAUACAUUGUGAUUUCUGGAUUUUUUAGAUUAUGUCUCUCACAGUGGACAUGCCCCUACGAUGACAAUUUCAGACCCCUCCGUGAUUUCUAAGUGGGAGAACUUG